AUGGGUAAAGAAGAUACGGCCUGCUGCCGCGGGGACGGCCUGCCGUCCACCUCAGCCUUGGCCGCCGCCGCUGCUGGGGUGGCCCUUGCGCUCUACCUGCCGCUCGGCCUCAGCGGGCUCCCGCAGCUUGGCUACCAGGCUGCGGUGCUCAAGGAGGGCCUGCUGCAGGUCUACCAGCCCUAUCUCAACUACCUGAGGCCAGAUUCAGAAGCCAGCCAGAGCCCACAGUACAGCUUUGAGUCAUUACCUCAGAAGAUUUGUUUAAUCUGUGGCGAUGAAGCAUCAGGCUGUCAUUAUGGUGUCCUUACCUGUGGGAGCUGUAAGGUCUUCUUUAAAAGGGCAAUGGAAGGGCAGCAUAACUACUUAUGCACUGGAAAAAACGACUGCAUUGUUGAUAAAAUCCGCAGAAAAAACUGCCCAGCAUGUCGCCUUAGAAGGUGCUGUCAGACUGCCAUGGUCCUUGGAGGUUGAAAGUUUACAAAGUUCAAUAAAGUUAGAGUUAUGAGAGCACUAGAUGCCAUUGCUCUCCCACAGCCGGUGGGCAUUCCAAAUGAAAGCCAAGCCCUAAGCCACAGAAUCACUCUUUCACCAAAUCAAGACUUACAAUUGGUCCGCCCACCGAUCAGCUUGCUCAUGAGCAUUGAAACAGAUGUGGUCUAUGCAGGACACGACAACACCAAACCUGAUACCUCCAGUUCUUUGCUGACAAGUCUGAAUCAGCUAAGUGAAAGACAACUUCUUUCAGUAGUCAAGUGCUCUAAGUCACUGUCAGGUUUUCGAAACUUACAUAUUGACGACCAGAUAACUCUCAUCCAGUAUUCUUGGAUGAGCUUAAUGGUAUUUGGACUAGGAUGGAGAUCUUAUAAACAUGUCAGUGGACAGAUGCUAUAUUUUGCACCUGAUCUAAUACUAAAUGAGUAA